AUGGCUGUUAAGUUUGUAACGGUGCAUGUCGGGGCCAAGAAAGCCGAAAAAAGAGUAAGCGACAUCUUCUCCAUCAAGAAGUUCCUUUCCCUAUUCAACAAGGUAAGGAUAACCCUACCAAACGUGUCCGAAGGGAUGACAGUCGCGGACUUUCAGAAUGGGUUUAGUAGAGAGGGUUCAAGAGCGACAAGAAAAUUGCAGAGCCGGUUGAUGAAGUACCCUCCAACCACUUGGGAUGAAAUCCAUAAUGCUUAUUGUGCCGAAGUCCGAGCAGACGAUGACAACCUCCACGGACUAACUCGACGGCUCGUCUCGUUACAAGCCGAGCCCAGGAAAGAACGAAGAGACAACAUAAGAAGGGAUCACCCGAUCUCACAACCAAAUAGGGAACGACAUCAACCAUACAUCAAGGCCCCUGCCCCAACUUCCUUCCAUUAUGAUGAAGGCCCAUCUAGGCUGAGGACGGGGACUCACCGCAACGAGAGAGGUAUGCCCCUCUUAUUGUCUGGUCACAAUUUUUAUGUGUCACCUAUAGAAAUAGUCUAUGCCUUAGAGAGACUCGGCACGAAGGUGAAGUGGCCUCCAAAGAUGAGGUCCAGCCGGAGCACUAGAAAAUCCGAUGCCCUCUGCGAAUUCCACCGAAAAUGCGGGCACAAGAUAGAAAACUGCAUUUCCCUCAAGCAAGAGGUUGUGAACAUGUUGCAGCAAGGACACCUCAAAGAGCUACUGAGCGACAAGGGAAGAAACAACUUCGCUAGAGGCCGUGAAUGCCAAGGCCCGCCGAAGCCACCGUCACCAGCUCACACCAUCAAUAUGAUCAUUGGCGGCAGCGACAAUGCCUCUAUCAACGGCGUUAAAUUCACUGCCACUCACAAGCUCAAAAGAUCUAUCACCUAUAAACGGUAUGACGGACUCAAAACAAGUAUCAUCUUCGACGAGUCAGAUGCCGACUGUUUGACUUUCCCUCACAAUGAUGCUCUCCUCAUUACUUUACGAAUUUUGAUACUGAUGUCAAAUGUAUCAUGGUAG